AUGUCCCCAAGAGAACUCUGCGCCAUGUUAGGAAAACGUAUAACAGUAAAGGAAUUCAAUGAGCAAGUUGGAAAUUUCGAUGGAGAUUACUUCAGCAGAGGUAAACAAAUAGCUUUAAAACUUGCUCAGACCCCAGCUGUUAUGCCUUCCGGAGACAUUGUUCCCUCACUCUCCGAGUUUGUGUUUCAACUCAUGCCACCUAAAAAGCCAACUUUGCUAAAGCCAAUCAAGCCCGAUCAGCUAGAGAAGAAGAAACAAGAAGAGAAAAAUAUCACUAAAGCAAUCGCAAAUGUCAAAAUGGUCCUAGGUCAUCAAGCAGAAACUCAAAGAAGAAACGACGACGAGAAUUGGAAAAGAAAAAUAAUUACGGCCAAAAUGAAGCCGAUAAAAUUCCCUAAUUAUACUACUAUUUUCGAUGACCAGGAUGCCGCAUUUGGAUUCAGAAAACGUAUGGAUGGACUGAAAUUACCUGCUGGAAACGAAAAGGAAUUUCAAGAUACGUUUAUAAGACUUUUUCAAACUCCAGGAAUGUCUCCAACGACAACCACGCCGAAGCCAACGACUACAACAACUACGCCAAAGCCAACGACUACAACUACUACGCCGAAGCCAACGACAACGACAACUACGCCAAAGCCAACGACCACAACUACUACGCCAAAGCCAACAACCACGACGACCACGCCAAAGCCAACGACUACGCAGAAGCCCAGGACGACGACCACUCCGAAACCAAUGAUAGCAACUACGACGAAGAAGCCAAUGUCAACUACGACCCCAAAACCAGUGGAAGACGUAAGCCUUUUAAUUACAACUAAAGCCUCUACAACGAAGAGAUCAAUAACAACUACGGCUGAUACGAACCAAGAGGAAGUGAAUUAUGGAAACUACGCCAAGAAAAAGAUGGAAAUCCAACAAAAGUGGAAUGAAAACCUGGAAAGAGCUGAGAACCAAGGACAUCUUCAAUUCGCCACGACUCAGUUGGAAGAAGACAUCAUGCAUAGUUUUCACGCCACAAGAGAAAGCAUUUGCCGAGUUCAAAAUAUACAACUAGAAACAUGGUGGGCAAUCCUGCAAAUCAACCCAACCAUAGGAAUGCGAACAAUGCUAGGUAGGAACGACAUAACUUCCCGCUUUGUAGGAGAAGAAAUAUUAUUCGUUACACCUUGCACUCCAAUCAAUAUCAAGAAGAUUCAUUACGAUCAUAAGGUUAAUGAUUCGUGUUAUUUGGAAACUCCUGUGAUAUCGGAAGAUGAUCAUUUAUACUUCGCAAUACCAGGAUCAAAAGAUCUACAAAUUACUGGUCACGAGGUAUCGUGCAAAAUGAUCAUUGCAGACGUAUGGAGAACAGGAGAAAGAUGGAAUUCCACCAAUGGUAUCAUUAAUGCAACAUUAGUGCACAGAAAUGAUAACUCCCCGUCAUUCCAAAUAGAACAUAUCAAGUAUAAUCAUAAUAACAUCUAUGAGAAUUAUACAGAAACCUUGCCAAUGUCACUAGCAAUUGCGUAUGGAUCUAGUUUGGCAUCACUCCAAACUCAAGUUCGAGGAAGAAUUAGAACAAUUACAAGAAAAGCUUUCACAAUCAACCCAAUGAGGAUAGCAGCAGCAAGUAUCUUCACCAUUGUCGAGGAAGUGGAAAACGCUCAGAGUUACGUUCAAGACAAAAUAUGGAAUUGGAUUUCCCCUCUAUGGAAUAAGAUUAGUCUUUGGUUUUUACGUAUACUCACAUCUAUAGGCAUAAUUAUUGUGGUAUUAGGAAUCAUAACUUUAAUAGUUUUCGUGAUAAAGUUGUACGCCUGCAGCAGAGGACUACCAGUCAAUAGAAUAAGCGUGACGGUCCCAGAAGAGUACGAAUUAGAAGAAAUCACUACGAGCAAAGUCGAAGAAAUCACGAAACCAAGACCAAUUCUUAAAAGGAAACGUAUGCCUUCAGCCCCUCAAGAAGAAUUUCAGCGUGAAGAUCUCUACGAUGGAUCCCAACCCAUCUCCCUAGAAGUCUUUCAUCAGCAAUUUCCUGGAAUAACACCAAAUGUGGCAAUUCACUCAAUCAAAGGAACUCAAUUACCAUAUGUACCGGUACGAGUUCAUAAUAGGUUGUUUGCAGCAUUAUGGGAUUCUGGUGCAGCUGUUUCCUAUAUCCAGUUCAGCGUUUUCGCAGAGUUGCCCGAAGUAUCACUGGUUAGAGAACACCUGACAGCUGUCGCAGCAAACGGAUCUGAGUUCAAGUUCUAUGGAUAUACAAGAAUUCCUCUCUCCAUUGGACGGUACGAAACAGAACAUAAGUUCUAUGUUUCAGCAGAUAUGCAUUGCCCAGCUCCUUUACUUUUGGGAGUAGAUUUCAUGGAGGCAUUGGAAAACGAGGGUCUGGAUUUCCAAAUAAAACCUGCAUCAAAGAAGCUGAAGUUAGGAGAUGAAUUCGUGCCAUUAACUAAGAACAGGCACCUAUGGAGAAGAACGGAUGUAGAAGCGUUUGUCGUAAGCCUAGAAGAGAAAAACUUCAGACCAGGAGAAACAAAAGCUCUAACAGUAGAAAUAGAUGAUAUCGAGAAAUAUUCACAUGCAAGGAUCAAAGUAAACCAAGAAAAAUGCAAAAUGAGAUUUCCAACAACGAUCCUCACUCCAUCUGGAGCAGGAACGUCAAUUUUCUUCACUAAUGUAACGGAUCAUGACAUCAGCAUCAAUACUCAUCAAACAAUAGGUACAGCAGAAGUCACUAAAGAUCAUUCAGAACUCGCUCCUGACACUCCAUUCGAUUCCUACUGUCCACCCGAAGCCAACUGGGAAGACAGAUUGCCUUAUUUCCCAGAAGAUUUCAUGGAAGAACUGAACCUGAAGACGUCCGAUUUCAAUCAAGAAGAAAGAAAAGUGCUAACAGAAAUCAUCAGAAGAAACAAAGAGGCUUUUCUAAAUGAGGAUAGAUUCAUCGGGAAGUUUGUUGGUUUCAUAGAGCAUACUAUUCCCAUCAUGGAAGGAGUAACUCCCCAGUUCCGAAUGACCUAUCGUAUCCCACUAAGUCAACAAGAGGAAGUGGAAAGACAGGUAGAGGAGAUGCUAGACCAAGAUAUAAUCGAGCCAUCAGCAUCACUAACAACAAGCCCAGUUAUCUUGGUAAAGAAAAAGGAUAACACGUAUAGAUUUGUCACUGAUUUCCGUGCUUUGAACAGAAUAACUCAAAAACAAAUCUAUACAAUUCCUAACAUUCAGGAUAUCCUUGAUUUAGCCGCCGGAGCGAAGUAUUUCAGCAACUUCGACCUCGUCUCCGGAUUCUUCCAAAUUCCUUUAAAGAAAGAAGAUCGCCCUUUAACUGCCUUCACGACAACCAGUGGGACGUACCAGUACAAAAGGAUGCCAAUGGGACUCUGCGGAGCACCCCACACGUUUCAAAAUGUAGUAAGACAUUUGCAGUCUUACGUUCGUUGCAAACUCUUCGUGUACUUGGAUGAUUUGUUGUUAGUAUCCGAAACAGCCCAAGAACAUUUAAAGGACAUCGAGGAAUUGCUAGCAGCAAUCGAAAGGAUGAAUUUAAAAAUCAAGCUGAAGAAGUGCUCGUUUGCAUGCAAAGAGGUAAAAUUCCUAGGAUUCGUAGUAGGGAGGACCGGGAUCAAGCCGGACCCUAAUAAGAUCAAAGCCAUCAAAGAAUACCCUAGACCUCUAAACCGCACUGGAGUACGAGCUUUCAUGGGAGUAGUAAACUAUUUUAGGCGAUUUAUCAAAGAUGCAGCCCAAAUAGCCACUCCACUCUACGAUUUGACCAAGAAAGAUCAGGAAUGGAAAUGGGAGCAGAAAGAAGAAACUGCUUUCCAGACCUUAAAGGACACACUCUGUGAAGCUCCGGUCCUACAUCCACCCAUUCAUGGACGCCCUUAUACGAUCGAGUCUGACGGAAGCCUGAUUGCUAUUGGAGCAGUUUUAUUACAAUCUCCAGAGGAAGGUGAACCUGAACACCCUAUAGCAUUCAUAAGCAGAAAACUGAAUAAGACAGAAAGAAGAUACCCAGCAAUUGAAGUGGAAGCUCUAGCGCUAACAUUCGCGGUAUCAGAAUUUCGUACUUAUAUCUUAGGUGCACCAGUAAAAGUCAUAACGGACCACAGGCCACUGACAAGCCUAAUGACCAGAAAGGAUUUAAUUGGAAGACUCGCAAAGUAUCAGAUGGUUCUCCAAGAAUACAACCUGGACAUCGUUUAUCGCCCAGGAAGAUUAAAUAGCGUAUGUGAUGCUUUAUCCAGAUAUUUUGAAGACGAGACAAACGAAGCAAAACCAACGACAAAAGAAGCAAGGCUGAAGAAAAAGCAAAAAGUGGAGCUGAUAAAAGAAACGGGCAGAGUGGCCAUCAACACUUUCGAUGUAACAAUUGAUUCAAUCCGAUCAAUUCAGCAGCAAACACCAUGGAUUAAAGAGACGUUGACCAAGCUGCAAGAUGAAACAGCGAACAGGAGUUUAACGGAGAGAUAUACAACACAUAAUGGAGUGUUGUACAUAAAGAAGAGAAGGAGGUUUGAAAAUAAGAUCAUCAUAUUACCCAGGAAUGAGUUAAUAACAACUCCAAUAAUUAAAUCGUUUCACGAAGAAAUCCUGCUUGGAGCUCAUCUGGGAAUAAAUAAGACUGUCGAAGCCAUCGAACGCCGUUUCACGUGGACAGCAAUACAGGAUGAUGUAACACACUACAUCAACAGAUGUCUGAAAUGUGCUCAAAGAAAAACGGAUCCUCAUCAGGCAACUGUUGAGCCUUUGAGGAAGUUUCCAACAGCUGUUCAGCCAUGGGAAAGAGUACACAUGGACAUUUUGGGACCGCUUCCAGCCAC